CUACAUUUUUAGCUACUUCUGUGCUUUGUUGAUAGUUAAGUAGAUCUAUGCUUUAUGUUUUUUGGCUACUAAGUUAAAAAGUAUUCUAAUGAGGUUCUCAGGGUAAUUUGAAGUUAUUAAUAUUGUGCUUUGAUGCAUUAUCCUUUUGGGAAGUGAAGCAUAUUCUUAAUGUUGGUUGGUUUAUGUAGAAAGAAUUUUCAGUUUUAGCUGUGUUGAUAUUCUUCUUGUUUUUAUUAUUACUAGAUUCUGACUCAAUGCCUUUAGAUCUGUCAAUUAAGUUUAAUUGUCUACCUGCUCGUUGGAAAUUUCAAUAACUGAAUUUAAUGUGUUCAAGAACUUAAGUAGAUGAAUGUUUAAACUAGUUUUUGAGUGUGUGUAUCAGUGGCGGAGAUAGGAUUCUCACUAACGGGAUUUAAAGUAUGACUUCGGUGCCAUGGAGCUAGACCGGUGAGCUGUUACACUUUCUUCGGAGAAUGGUUGUGAAUUAAACACAGAGAAAGUCAAAGGGGUUCAACAUCUGCUGUAUAUACAUAGAAAAUAAUUUAAAUAAUUUUAACCAUAUAUGGACAGUCUAGUUUCCAUCAAAUGGGGUUUGGAUGAACUACCUCUGCCCUAUCUAGCUCCGCCCCUGGUGUCUAGUACAAAAUUAAUGUGACACAGGUACUGGGUGACAAUUUCAGACUGAAUGUAGUCUCUUAUGGUGGAAUCUGGUAUAAGCUGCUGGCAGAGUAGGAUCUCAUAGUUGAUGAAUUUGUUUCAGUAUGACUAGUACUAAAUAAGGAGAGAGUUUCUGGAUGACACAUUUAUGGUUCGUUAAGCUAUUUAUGGGAGUAAAUUUAGACCGACGUAAUUGUUUUUACACUUUAGUGUAAAUGAUGUAGUGACAGAAUGGUGCAUAUGGAUUAGUACUCCGUGUGUUUUUUAACCAAGUCCUGUUGUACAUUACGACACUCAUUUCAGAUCCCAAAGCAUGGCUGAGAUUUCAAGAAAUUAGUGCAUUUGCCUGACAUGGGAAGUUUGGCACCUGAACCUGAGGUCAUAUGCUCGAAACAUUACUUCAAAUUGGGGCUGAAGGUAUCUGGCAAGGAAAAAUCAGCAAAACCCAGAGUUCUAUCGCUUCUUUCGACACUUCUUGAGAGGUCUAUUCAAAAUACUGAAAGCCUAUUAGAAAGUACAAAAAGAAAAGACGUGAUCACAAUAUUUCAUGGAUCAAGAACCCCCUCUCUCGGUAUUGAACAAUACUUGGAUCGCAUUUUUAAGUAUUCAUGUUGCAGCCCUUCAUGCUUUAUGGUUGCACACAUAUACAUGGAGAGAUUCAUUGAAUGCACUAGUGCUCAUUUAACUUCCCUCAAUGUUCACCGACUACUUAUCACAAGUGUGAUGGUGGCAGCUAAAUUCAUUGAUGAUGCAUUUUAUAACAAUGCAUACUAUGCAAGAGUAGGUGGUGUAACCACAAAAGAGUUGAAUAAGCUGGAGAUGAAAUUCUUGUUUGGACUGGAUUUUCAACUUCAUGUAAGUGUCCCGACAUUCGGAAGCUAUUGCUCGCUCCUGGAGAAGGAAGGAACUGUAGGUCUCCAGAUCGAUCGCUCAAUUCAGGCAUGUAGAAUCAGCGAGAGUUGGUCAAACAAAGACGAUUCCACCUGUGCACAAAUUGCAAGAUGAGCUUUUAGAAAGGUGAUCGAAGAUAUUGUCACAAAGUUGCAAUACUCCUUCAGAGGUGGAAGAAAUUAAAAUGCUCGCCGUCAACCUAAAGAGUAUAUUGUUUGAUAUACUCUUUUACAUUUUUACCCAUUUUUGUUUUUGUGCAGGUGUUCUUUACUGUACUGGUGUAGCUCCUAGGAACCCUGGCUUCCUCUUCCUAGUUGCUAGUAUCAUUAUUUUUCAGGUUUUGCAAAAUUUGCCACUGAUGUUGGUCCCUAUAGAAUGAGGGACAUGCUUGUUUUUACUGUAGAAAUUUCUUAGUGAUUUCAGACCUUACUUCAAACAACCAAAGUUUGAACCCUGAAGGGUUUUAUUUUACAAUGCAUUGUAAGAAUUUCAGGUA